UUCCAUUAAGACAGUGGCGGAAGUAAAGUACAAUUCCAUGGAACAUACGUUAGGUACUACUACAUGAUUUGAUCCAUUUUCGUCCGUGUGUAAGCAAAGGGUGCGAAGGGAUCUUCUUAAGACUCUUCGCCCCAACCAUUCCGGAGAUUAUCUCUCUUUCCUCCAUUAGGCUCUUCCCUUCCUCCUCCUCCUAAUGCUUUAGGGUUCCUUCUAUUCGCCCGGCGCCCCACAAUAUCUCUGCAUUUUCAUCGCUCACUUUUGCAGGUGUAUUUUCUUGUUGUUUUGGGAGUGAAUUUUGGUGUUCUGUGCUAAAAUUUUGGUGGGUUUUGAUUGCUUUGGGCUUCUAGUUGCAAAUGAGUGUGUUGGGGUUAGAUGUUGGAAAUGAGAACUGUGUUGUAGCAGUGGCCAAACAGCGGGGCAUUGAUGUGCUGUUGAAUGAUGAAUCGAAACGUGAAACCCCUGCUGUGGUGUCGUUUGGUGAGAAGCAGAGGUUUAUGGGUGCAGUAGGGGCUGCCUCUGCUACCAUGAACCUGAGAUCAACGAUUUCUCAGGUUAAGAGAUUGAUCGGUAGGAAGUUUAGGGAGCCAAGUGUGCAGGAUGAUUUAAAGUUGGUACCUUUUGAGACUUCUGAGGGACCUGAUGGUGGUAUUUUGAUUCAUCUGCACUACUUGGAUGAGAAACAAAGCUUUACACCGUUUCAAAUUAUGGUGAUGUUGUUUGGACAUUUAAAGCAAAUUUCAGAGAAAAAUCUGGAGACUCAUGUCUCGGAUUGUGUUAUUGGUAUACCAUCAUACUUCACUGACUUGCAGAGAAGAGCAUAUUUGCACGCAGCUGAGAUUGCUGGUCUGAAACCUUUGAGGUUGAUGCAUGACUGUACUGCUACUGCUCUUGGUUAUGGUAUAUACAAGACAGACUUCAAUGGGGGUCCGGCAAAUGUUGUGUUUGUUGAUGUUGGCCAUUGUGAUACGCAGGUGGCUGUAGCAUCAUUUCAGCCUGGACAAAUGAAGAUACUUUCUCAUGCUUUUGAUAGUAACUUAGGAGGCAGAGACUUCGAUGAGGUUUUGUUCAGAUAUUUCGCUGCCAAUUUCAAGGAACAGUACAACAUUGAUGUCCAUUCAAAUCUUCGGGCUUCUAUAAGGUUGAGGGCUGCUUGUGAGAAAUUGAAAAAGGUCUUGAGCGCGAAUCCAGAGGCACCACUUAACAUUGAAUGCUUGAUGGAUGAGAAAGAUGUCAAGGGAUUCAUUAAGAGAGAAGAUUUUGAGAAGCUAUCAUCACACUUGUUGGAGAGAAUCAGCUUUCCCUGCCGUAAGGCUUUGCUUGACUCUGGUCUGACUCUGGAAAAGAUUCACACUGUUGAGCUUGUUGGAUCAGGCUCACGAAUUCCUGCAAUCAUGAAGGUUUUAAGUGCCCUUUUCAGGAGAGAGCCCAGCCGAACGAUAAAUGUCAGUGAGUGUGUGGCUCGUGGUUGUGCUCUUCAAUGUGCAAUGCUGAGCCCAACAUUCCGUGUUAGGGAGUUUGAGGUGCAAGAUUCUUUUCCAUUUUCCAUAGGAUUUUCUCUUAGUGAUGGCCCAAUUUGUGCACAAUCAAAUUGUGUUUUGUUUCCACGAGGUCAUCCUUUUCCGAGUGUUAAGAUGCUUACAUUGCAGAAGAGUAAUACAUUCCAAAUGGAAGCCUUUUAUGCGAAUGAGAAUGAGUUGCUACCCUGUACGUCUACCAAAAUUAGUGAUUUUCUGAUUGGCCCCUACCAAGUUUCCCAUUCGGAGAAGGCAAAGGUUAAAGUAAGAGUUCACCUAAACAUCCAUGGAAUAGUUGGUGUUGAAUCAGCUUCGCUGAUUGAAGAUCAUGCGGAUGAUCCUACUUCAAAUAACUAUGCUGAUGCCCUUUCAGAGAACAUGGAGACAAGCAAUCAUGAGACUUUUUACACAGCUAAUGGUCCUGGUGACUCAAACUCUGCACAUUCAAAGUUUUCACCUGCAGCUGCUGGUGAUGAAAGGAGGGCAAAAGCAACAAGGAGACAGGAUAUACCAAUCAGUGAAAAUAUAUGUGGUGGGAUGACGCCAGUUGAACUGUCCCAAGCUCAAGAAAAAGAGCUUCAAUUGGCUGAACAAGAUACAAAGAUGGAGAGAACAAAAGAUCAUAAAAACUCCCUCGAGUCUUAUGUCUAUGACACCCGUAACAAGCUUUUAAAUUCAUAUCGGAGCUUUGCUACCGAUGCAGAAAGAGAAGGAAUUUCCAGUAGUCUGCAACAGACUGAGGAAUGGCUGUAUGAUGAUGGAGAUGACGAGUCUGAACACGUCUAUACUCGGAAACUUGAAGACCUCAAAAAGAUGGUCAAUCCUGUUGAACAUCGGUAUAAAGAUGAAGAGGCAAGGGCACAGGCAACAAGAAGUUUAUUAAAUUGCAUCGUGGAGAAUCGAAUGGCUGUAGGAUCACUGCCACCAAGUGAGAGAGAUGCUGUAUAUAACGAAUGCAGUAAAGCAGAGCAGUGGCUUCGAGAGAGAACCCAGCUGCAGGAUUCAUUACCCAAAAAUGCUGAUCCUACACUCUCAUCGUCUGAAAUUAGGAGAAGAACUGAGGCUCUUGAUGUGAUGUGCAAACGUAUAAUGAGGUCCAAGUCUUCAUUGCCAACGCCGCAUGAUGCACCAAAUUCAGACUGAAGGAUCUGCAUGCCAGUGGAAUGAUCAGCAUUAGCCCGGGUAGGCAAUCAGAUCAACUGAAUUUGAAUUUAUGCGGAUAGUAUUUUUAUUGCCAGGCCUCAUCCAGAAUAAUUCUCUGCCAUCACAUUGUAAGGUCUCUCCAUGGUUGGAUACAGAAUGCUGGUGGCAUUUAUACUCAUGUCUGGGGUGCUACGACCCUUAAGCUGUGUCUUUACACAGAUGAUGACCAUGUUGGACUAGCACCUGCAGAUGUAGAUCCAACAUUUCAGAGGAUUGAAAAUUUUACUGCUCUUUGUAGUCCUUGUGGAUUUAUGUUUUUUUGUAGAGGAAAAAUACUGACAUAGAUGUAACAGUUUUGGUGAGAUUACCAUACUUCACUCGAGGAAGAUGUAAACCAUUCUUGAGUCACAAGUCUUCUGAGGUAACUUCUUGUGGAUUUUGUAAUUACAGUAAGCCUUACUCACUGUUUUACUCAUAGCAUAAGUAGUGUUAGUUUCGUUGAUUAUGCUUC